UUCACGUUAUCGACAAGAAACACAACAAUGUCAUUAUAAAGACCUCCAGAUAUUCCUCCUAAGUUCAAGUGUACUUCCUUAAUCUCAGAAACCCAAAACACUCCCGGCUGUGCGAUAACGGGGAUCAUUUAAAAGAAGCAACACCGACAUGUUGGCUGAAUGGUCUAUUAAUUGUAUGCCGAGAGCGAUAAUUGGUAGUCCACCUCAAGCGCACACCAUAUUUAUUAUUCACAGUCUUGAGUACACUGGACGUGACAUGUGGCACCCACACUAAGCUUCAAACCCGCUCACGAUACAAAGAUUACCAAGGCUUGGGUAUAAAUCCGAGACAUCGGCAAUCUCGAAGCUCAACUCUCCCGUCCUGGCUCAGUCAGUCUCGUGCCUUCUCAUCAUAUUGUAACCAUAUGCCUGCCCCAGCUGCAUACCAUAACGUCCAAGUCGUCCAAUUUUGGCGAGGGCAGAAAGAGUCCCUGCAGCCCUAUCCACUUCACUGGGUGAUCUAUAUCCCAACCGGUCCUAGUAUCGGGAACACGUACCACGUACUAGGAAACACGGACACCUACACCAUAGAAUUCAGACGCAACCAACCAUACCCAAACCCUGAUGCAUGGCGCGGAAGCUUCACCAUUGGAAAAGUGGCUGCGCAUCAGCUGACCCUAUUGGAGCGGCAUCUCGCAAGUAUUCCUAUCACACGUCACGACCCUAGAUGGAACUGCCAGAGCUGGGUGUGGGAGGGUCUCAGGCAUCUUCGACACAAAGGUUUUAAUAUUAGCUGGGAGGUCAGGCUUUCAGAUCUUCAAACGCAGAUGUACUGCUUGCUGGAGGACUGGGAAUACGGCCGAAUUUAGAGGGGGGAGAUCCGGGCAUUCUGCAUAAAAUUGUAUUAGCAUUAGCAUUAUAGUGACAUUCGUUAUCUUGAUCAAAACAGAGAGCUUCCUUCACCGAUAAA